AUGGAGAGGAUGGACACAACACAAUCGCCUUCAUUGAUAGGCAAAACUUGUACAAUUCGUAAUAAUCAAAAUGAAAUUAGUAGUAGUACAACAAUAGAUAUGCUUAAAGAUUGCUCACCUUGUAAUAAUAAACUUGUGAAAACAUCAGAUAAACACGCAAAAUUUUUAUUAGAAAAUUUAAAUUUAUUAAGACAACAAAAAGAAUUAUGUGAUGUGAUUUUAAUUCUUGGUCAAAAUAAAAUUCCUGCUCAUCGAGCAAUUCUUUCUGCAUGUAGUCCUUAUUUUAAAGCAAUGUUUACUGGUGAAUUAGCUGAAAGUCGACAAACAGAAAUAAUUAUUCAUGAUAUUGAUGAAUGUGCAAUGGAAUUAUUGAUUGAUUAUUGUUAUACAUCAAGAAUUGUUGUUGAUGAAAAAAAUGUACAAACGUUAUUACCAGCAGCUUGUAUUCUUCAAAUUGAAGAAGUUCAAAUAACAUGUUGUGAAUUUCUUCAAAAACAACUUGAUCCAUCAAAUUGUUUAGGUAUUCGCGCAUUUGCGGAUACACAUUCAUGUCGAGAACUUUUACGUAUUGCUGAUCAUUAUACUCAACAACAUUUUAUUGAUGUUAAAGAAAGUGAAGAAUUUUUAUUUUUACCAAUAAAUCAAUUAAUUGAUAUUAUAUCAAGUGAUGAAUUAAAUAUGACAUCAGAAGAAGAUGUUUUUAAUGCUGUUAUGCAUUGGAUUUCAUGUGAUGUUCAACAAAGAAAACAUUUUCUACCUAAAAUAUUAGAACAUGUUCGAUUUCCAUUAAUGACUGCUCGAUUUCUUGUAAAUACAGUUGGUUCAGAUCCAUUAAUAAAAGCAGAUCAAACUUGUCGAGAUUUAAUUGAUGAAGCAAAAGAUUAUUUAUUAUUACCACAAGAACGAUCAAGUAUGCAAGGACCAAGAACAAGAAGAAGAAAACCAGUAAAAACAUCUGAAGUUCUUCUUGCUGUUGGUGGUUGGUGUUCUGGUGAUGCAAUAGCAAGUGUUGAAAUGUAUGAUCCAUCAAAUAAUGAAUGGCGAACUGUAGCACCAAUGUCAAAACGAAGAUGUGGUGUAGGUGUUGCUGUACUUAAUAAUCUUUUAUAUGCUGUUGGUGGUCAUGAUGGUGUUAGUUAUUUGAACAGUGUUGAACGAUUUGAUGUUCAAACAAAUCAAUGGUGUCAUGAUUUAGCACCUACAAGUUCAUGUCGGACAAGUGUUGGUGUUGCUGUUCUUGAUGGAUGUCUUUUUGCUGUUGGUGGACAAGAUGGUAUUUCUUGUUUAAGUCUUGUCGAAAAAUAUGAUUCAAUAACUCAAAAAUGGAGUCGUGUAGCAUCUAUGGGUACGAAACGAUUAGGUGUAGCUGUUGCUGUACUUGAUGGAUAUCUUUAUGCUAUUGGUGGAUCAGAUGGACAAUCUCCACUCAAUACAGUUGAACGUUAUGAUCCAAAAAUAAAUAAAUGGACAUCAGUAGCACCAAUGACAACACGUCGAAAACAUCUUGGUUGUGCUGUUUAUAAUGGAUUUAUUUAUUCCGUCGGUGGUCGAGAUGAUUCUACUGAAUUAUCAACAGCUGAAAGAUAUAAUCCAAAAACGAAUCAAUGGUCACCUGUUAUUGCAAUGAAUUCAAGGCGAAGUGGAGUUGGAUUAGCUGUUGUUAAUAAUAAUUUGAUGGCUAUAGGUGGAUUUGACGGUGCAGCAUAUUUAAAAAGUGUUGAAUUAUAUGAUAAUGAAACAAAUAAUUGGAAAUUACAUGGAGGAAUGAAUUGUCGUCGAUUGGGCGGUGGUGUGGGUGUUAUUAAAGUUCAACAAUAUGAUACAAUACUUUAUGGAACAAAUUCCAAUUGUAGUACAUCAUCAGAUGAUAAUAAAAAUCGUUCUCUUUCGAAAUUAGUUGAUCUUUGA